UUGGGUGUGAAAAAGGACAUGAGGAGAUCAAAGACCUGGGAUUUUGCUGAUCAGAAUGAAAGGAAUGUUGAAAGACUUUUCAAAUCUAUUGUUGGUGGUGCUUUGUGACUAUGUUCUCGGGGAAGCGGAGUAUCUCCUCUUGGGAGAGCCGGGCCAUGUAGCGCUGAGCAACCACACGGUGUCUGUGGCUUUUGGGGACUUUGACCGUGGCAAUGGGACCCUGAGGAAUGUGUCUGUCCUGCUGUUGGAGGCCACCACCAACCGGACUGUCACCACCAAACACCUGCUGACCAACCAGUCCCAGGGGACCCUCGAGUUCGAGUGCUUCCACUUCCAGGAGGCCGGCGACUACUGGUUCCGGAUGACUCCGAGCUCCUCGGAUAACGGCACCGUGGCCCCGGGGCGAGGGACCAGCGCCCUGCUGAAGGUGGAGUGGCCCGUCUUCCGCGUGGAUGUGAACCGGACGCCGGACGCAGCAGAAGGCACCUUCCAGGUGGGCCUUUUCACCGCCCAGCCGCUGUGCCCGUUCCCCGGGGCCCAGCCCCACAUCCUGGUAGACGUCGUGGUCACCGACCGGCUGCCCGAGGCCAGGACAAGCGUGGGACGGGCCCUGGAGAGCAGGACCAGCCGGAGCACGGCGCUGCGCCAGGGCCAGUGGGUGCAGUUUGGUUGUGUCCCCGUGGGGCCGCAGGCCUACGUCACCGUGGUCCUGAAGCUACGGGGCCGAGACUCGGUCAUGACCUCAACAGGGCCCAUCGACCUGGCCCAGAAAUUCGGCUACACGCUGGUGACCGGGCCAGAAGUGACGUGCGAGUCUGCGGUGGAGGUGACCCUGGUGCCGCCGCCUUGCGUCCUGGUGCAGGGCGUGGUGGCCGUGUCCCGGGAGGCCCCCAGGCGCCCCGGGGAAGGGGCUGUCCGGCUGGCUCAGCACAGCCUGGGCCCGGGCGAGCGGAGGACAGCCUUUAACUGCACGCUCUUUGACGUGGGCAAGCAUAAAUACUGCUUCGACUUUAGUUUUGCCAGCAGAAGUCGCCUUCCCACCAAGGAGGAGUGCGUGCUAAUUCAGAGAAACGUAGCCAUGCAGCCAUCCAGCCCAACCCCUCUUCCGCCCCAGGGCCCCGUGAAGCCCAACAACAUGGUGACGGUCACGGGGAUUUCCCUGUGCCUGUUCAUCAUCGUGGCCACCGUGCUGGUCACGCUGUGGAGGAAGUUCGGCCGGGCUCCCCGGUGCAGCGCGCCCACGCGGCACAGCUCCAUCCACUCCCCCGGCGGCCGCAAGCACUCGGACGAGGAGAACAUCUGCGAGGAGCCGAGCGAGCCGCCGGGCAGCUUCUCGGACGCGGGCGACGGGCCCUGCGGGAGCCCGGGCGACCUGAGCAUCCCCCUGACCUCGCGGCGCAGCGGGGCCCCGGGCCCCGAGGACGACGCCUCCGGCAGCGAGAGCUUCCAGUCGAACGCGCAGAAGAUCAUCCCCCCGCUGUUCAGCUACCGCCUGGCCCAGCAGCAGCUCAAGGAGAUGAAGAAGAAAGGCCUGACGGAAACCACCAAGGUGUACCACGUGUCCCAGAGCCCCCUGACGGACACGGCGCUCGACGCCCCCGCCGGCGCCGGCCCCGCCCCCGCCGGCGGCCCCGCCCCCUUAGACUCGGAGAACCCGGAAGAGGUUGCGGCUGCGGCCAACAAGUUCCGGAUCAAGGCUCCGUUCCUGGAGCCGCCCGCGGGCGGCGCGGCUGGGGACCGGGCCCUCGCCCGGCUGGAUGUGAGUGUCGCCCAGGCCGGUUGCGCCAUCAGCCCCAGCCAGACGCUCAUCCGGAAGUCGCAGCUGAGGCACGCGGGCAGCCGCGGGGGCCCGUCGGGGCGGAGCCACCCCAGGGGCGCCCACUUCCGGAGGACCGCUAGUUUUCACGAGGCCAAGCAGGCGCGGCCGUUCCGGGAGAGGAGCCUGUCGGCGCUGACCCCGCAGCAGGCCCCCACCUACAGCUCCCGGGCGCGCCCCUGGGAGCCGGCCGGAGACAGAGGCCGACCCCCGAGUCGAGGCCCGCAUCCGGGUCCUGAGAAACCGGAGCUCUGUCACGGGGCGGGCGGGGCGAGUGGCCUCGGCGGCCCCUUCGCGAAGGCCCACACCCUGGCCCUGCCCUCGAGGAAAGCCGAGCUCGGGGAUCGCCCGGCGGGAAUGGAGAGAACAGAGCCGCACAGGGCUCGGAGGGGACCGUCCCCCAGUCACAGGAGUGUUUCCAGGAAGCAGCCUUCGCCCACGUCCCCCAAAGAGAGCUCCCCGAGGGCCAGCCCUCUGAGCCCGCCGCUGCCCCCAGCUAGAAAAGACAAGUGUCAGAGCUUCCCGGCACACCCCGAGUUCGCCUUCUACGACAACACCUCCUUUGGCCUCACGGAGGCAGAGCAGCGGAUGCUUGACCUCCCUGGGUAUUUUGGGUCAAACGAAGAGGAUGAAACCACCAGCACGCUGAGUGUGGAGAAGCUGGUCAUCUGAGCCGAGAAUCCGCCGGAAACGGGCCACACCAGGAUGGCGAUAGCGACUCCUUUGGUUCUCUGGACUAAUUUUAUUUUUUGUGUGUAACUAUCCGAAUGCCAGAACGCAUUGCCAUCGAGUCAAUUCUGACUCCCGUGAC